AUGUCUGUUUUUGGUCGGAGCAGCAGCCCGGAGACCGGGCCGCAGAUCGAUGGUGGUCGUACCAUCGGUUCUUGCUCAUCCGAAGUGUACUACGUCCUUGGCUAUCCGGAGCCCACCGCUGUUGUUACUGCUGCUGCUACUGCUGCUGCUACUGCUGAUGUUACCGCUGCCACUAGAUUUCUGGUCCCCAGUCAUCAGCAUCAUGCGCGUCUUGACAACGUCAGUCGGCGUCGUCAAGACUGCCGCAACCGACCCGCUCAGCGCCGCGCUAGAGCCGUUGACGAGCCCAGUCUCCAGCAGGCCCUGGCCCUCCUCAAUGCCGCCGGCCUCCUUGCGCGACCUGCGCCUAUCGUCCCGCUGCCGCCAGAUCGCCCCCCUGACGUACUCAAACAUGGGGAACUGCAUCGCCGUGAACGGAAGGUUCCGAGCCGCCAGGGCAGUGUAGCCCGUCCACAGGCGGCGCCAAGCCCCGCCCUCGGAGCUCUGUAG